AUGCCCCGCGACCCUCUGAUCGGCCUGGUCGGAAAGCCCAGCGCGGGCAAAUCCAGCACGCUCAACUCCCUCACAGAUGCCUCGUCCAAAGUCGGUGGGUUCACCACGAUCGACCCGCAGCGGGCCAUAGGAUACCUCCAGAUCGACUGCGCCUGCGCGCGCUACGGCCUCUCGGACCGGUGCAAGCCCAACUACGGCUCGUGCGUCAACGGCCGGCGCAGCGUGCCCAUCGAGCUGCUCGACGUCGCGGGGCUGGUCCCCGGCGCGCACCAGGGCAAGGGACUGGGCAACAAGUUCCUGGACGACCUGCGGCACGCCGACGCGCUGAUCCACGUGGUUGACGUCUCGGGCACGACCGACGCCGAGGGCAAGAACACGCGCGGGUACGACCCCAGCGUGGACAUCGCGUGGUUGCGGAGCGAGAUCGUCGCCUGGAUCAAGGGGAACCUGAUGGAGAAGUGGGGGUCGAUCAAGAGGAGGCACGUCGCGGUCAAGGCGACGGCCGUAGAGACGCUGCAGAACCAAUUCAGCGGGUACGGGAGUACGAGCGCGGUCGUGGCGCGCACGCUGGAUAAGUUGGGUUUGAAAGAGCCGCUGGAGGAGUGGAGCGAAGAGACUAUCGAUCGCGUAGUCAACGCGUUUACCGACGAGAAGUUUCCGACCGUCAUCGCUCUCAACAAGAUCGACCACCCCGACGCCGACAAGAACAUCGCCAAGAUUGCCAAGAUGCAAGAUCCCAACAACAUCGUGCUCUGCUCGGCCAUAUCAGAAAUAUUCCUCCGCAAGCUGGCCAAGCAGGGAUAUAUCCGGUACACAGAAGGCAGCGAGUUCGUGGACACGAGGGAAGACCUAAUAGCAGAAGGCGAUCCGGACGGGGGCGGAUUGAAGGAGCUCGACGAGAAGAACCGUGCCAGGAUAGAGAACCUGAGGGACAUGGUGCUCUACCGGUUCGGUUCGACAGGGGUAGUUCAGGUGCUGUCCAAGGCUGCCGAGAUAUUGGGCUUGGUGCCGGUGUUUCCUGUUAGGAAUACCACGACAUUCGGGUCAGGAUCUGGCGACUCCAAGGCGGUAUUCCGAGACUGCGUUCUGGUCAAGAAGAACUCGACGGUGGCCGACGUGGCCAGGAAGAUCAUGGGAGAUGCACCCAUUGCCUACGUCGAGGGUCCCGGGGGAAUCCGGAUUGCCGAAGACCAGAUCGUGUCAGUGGGGAAAAACGAUAUAUUGUCAUUCAAGGUCGGAAAGUAAGCGGUUCAUGAUCGACACAAUCCUUGCCGUUUCCUAUUGCCUACUCUGGUACGCAAACAGAGGGUUGUUGGUGAGGUCAGGGGGUCAUCACCUCAAGGGGCUAGUGUAAUAACAAGGGAGGCAUAUCGACUCGCUGCUUUCCUGCCGACCACGAGGAUGUCACAAAGGCCCUCCCGCGCUUCCAGUUUGAGUCGUGACUCGGCAUUCGGAUCGCGGUACUUGUCAUAAUUAUCUCGUCGCACUCUCCCCUUCUUUCCGUUACACAGCCAAGGAGGUUGGCAGCCAUGGACUGGGCAGGAUCGGACGACGGGCGCGUACGCCAAGGUCAUCAAGGGUACAAAGGGCACGCGCAGGGAGACGACAGCUAACCAAUUCAAGUCGGGGCGAGACCGAAAUAUGUACCAAUUCAUGUUCAAUUCGUGGCGCAAGGCCGAUUUCGGGUAUCGUGAGAUUAAACCGGCUCACAAGUCGAGCCGAGCACAAACGACGUGAGAAUCGGCAAGAAAAACCAUGAAAAUAGGGGGCAAAAAUCAAUCAAAAGAGUCCCAUCGAGUCCCGUGCCCAAGUCAUAGCUCAUAAAAUCAUGUCCCCCAAGACACCUCUCUCAAAAAAGCAGCAUCUCUUUUCGCCUUCCCGUCGAAGGAUACCCGUUGGCUGGUGAUUCGAUGAACAUGACCAAAGUGAUGAUCCAUCGUGGUCGUCUGGAUCGCUUGGCGCCGAGCCAAACUUGCAUCCGUGGCAGGCCGAGAGCGGGGUGCCCAGGAGUGGGCGGGUGAGCUGGGCGCUGAUGUCAUUGCAGAUCAGCCCACCGACAAGCUUGACCAGGGUAGUGGCAGCACCGUCGCUCUGGGCAAACUGCCGAAACUCCCGUUUGCUCCAAUUUUUUUUUGUUUUUCUCGGUUUCUUUCGGUGUGAUGGAGUUUGAGACAUCCGGGUCCUCAAUCGGCGAACGCCCUUCUCAGGUUUGGGGCAAGGGAAAAAGUGAAGGGAAGGGGACGGCCCAAGCUCGCUUAACCUCAUACGAGCGCGGAAGAAAAUGGCGGCAUCUUGACGACAGGUGCGAGGUAAUGGGGGGGGGGCUA